AUGGUGUUUCGCAAAUACCGCGCCGUCAAACAAUGGGGUAAAAUGGACACACGAAUCUUCAAAGAGAUCUAUAAUUCGCGGAACAAAAGGAAGAUGCCGGCGUUCGAGGUUCCAGAAGCAGUAAAAGCUCUCGGUGUUCCGAUAUUCGAACCAAAUGAGGUUUUCACAUUCAGCAAUCGUAAGAAUCUUGUCGAACAGGCGAGAGAGGAAGCGGAUUUUGAAGUUCGAUUCUUAGAACAGCUACAUCCACUGCAGAAAAAUCAUCCAGCGUACAUUUUUGAAGGAGCCGAGCCGAUGAGCGAUGGAAUUUCGCAAGCAGCUCUUUUGACUCGAAGCGUUGUUCGAAAUGGACUGCCAGAGACCAUUCUUCAUAAUUCUGCAGCCAAAUUGGAAAUCGACGAGGAAAUGGUCCGCGACUCUAUUCUUCAUGGAGAACGAUAUAAUCCUACAUUGGAAAAACUGCCAGAACGAUUUGAUCCUGUAAUGUUCUGGAUUCGUCAUCAUCGUCUACAUGGUACUCCGGUGAUAAAAAGAAACAAUAUCAUUCUCAACAAUCUUCUAAGGCACGUCAUCCUCGGUGGUCUUCGUACACAAGCACUGGAGCACAGCUUCCAAGUAAACCGUGAUUCUCCACUAUCUGUAUACCUCUCCGGUGGUCAAUACUUCUCCAAAACGCCGCUUGUUUUACGAGCUCAACCACAUCUGACAGUACAGUCGCUAAAUUCCACGGUUACUAUGCCAUGGGCGGGUCCGAUUGAUGUUCAAUCGGCUAGCGCAGAGCCAUUGCCCGAUAUUUAUCCAAUCUCACCGGUUAUCGACUUUGAAACCGAUACAAUUUACAAUGACGAUCUUUUGCUAACCAGAAGUGAACAGCAAACACAUGUUCAUUCGGUUCUCUGGUCUCGCGAACAGGACCAAAAAUAUCCAUGGACAAGUGAACAAAACAUGGCUAAUGCGAUUCUAACGACAUACGCUGCCGCUGUUGCCGAAGCUACGAGAAAUGGAGCAACAGAGAUGAAGAAACCAAUUCUAGUCCGUGGAGUGCAGCUCGUCAACGGACGUCUCGAUCUGGUCGCCAUGCAGUUGAACACUCUGAAACCCACGGAAAACGGAGAUAAUGCGGAGAAGAAUAUUGUGUGGAUUGAGAAAGGUCUCCGUCUCUACAAACCAAAACCAUAUUAUGAUCAAAUGGAGGUCGUCGAGAAGCUGGACAUGAACGUCUUCCACAAGUUCGUGGCGUUGAUGGUCGGGUUUGGCGCUCCACAUGCUCACUAA